UAAGUGUCAGGAACAAUGACAAACGUACGCAUCGUAUAUUUUCAAAACAAAACCCUAAUUUUAAUUUUCCCACCUCUCGAAUCCCCAAUUCCAGUUUUCCCGCCUCUCCAUCACACCCGCUCCUUCCUCUACAAAAUCCCUCCUUUCAUCACAAUACUCUUCUUCUUCACCAUGAAAGGAAUCUCCAGAUCGCCGGUGAGAAGAAACGACGGUUUCCACCGUUACUUGAAACCAGGGGCUCUGGCUCAGAUCCGUAAUUCUAGAAUCAACGCUAGAUCCAACUCGCCCCUGACUCGUUCUCUCACGGAUCCAGUCCACCCGCUUUCAUCUUCUACCGAGAGUCCUGUUGCUGCGCCUCCGCAGACCAUAACUAUGGACCAGAUGCCCCAUCUCUUGAGCAAGAUCUAUGGUCCGUAUCGAAUCGGUAGGAAGAAAUUUGGCCCUGCGAGAUCUGCGAUGAUGAAUUUGAACCUCCCAAACUCUAUACUUGAAUCUACGAAUGGUAAUAGCAACGUCUUGAGUAAUAAUGAUGUUUUAGUUGCUCAUUGAAUUAAGCUUAAGUUCAUUUCCCUUCUUUAUGUAGAUUACUUUGUAACUGUUACACUUUGGGGAAAUAUCUUCAAUACUCAUCAGACUUAUAUAAUUACAGUUCAAAAAUCUCAAUAAAUAGUGUUUCUUUCUCAAUC